CGCCGCGAAUGACGAGUCUCAAUUUCGGUUCAACAACAAACGCCGUCCUGUGUUUCUGCAGUCUGGGUUGUGAAGCUGCGGUGUAAUUUGAUGUUUAUGUCAGUUACUGUUAUUGAUAUAAAGCGGUGCAGCCGCUUGACUGGUUGUUUAUGCUUUCGAGGUGAGAAAAGCACCGCCGUCAUGAAACUAAUCUUGCCGACCGGGAAGUAAAUAGCAGGUAAACAACACUGAGCCAUCAUCGGAUUUGUUUCUGGAGAAAUCUUCAGAUAAAGCAGAAAAAAUAUGGGAAAUCAGCUGGCUGGAAUCGCUCCUUCACAGAUACUGUCUGUUGACAGUUAUUUCUCAGACAUCCAUGAUUAUGAAUAUGACAAAAGUCUUGGCAGCACCAGAUUUUUCAAGGUAGCCAGAGCGAAACACAGAGAGGGUUUAGUGGUGGUGAAGGUCUUUGCCAUUCAGGAUCCGUCAUUGCCUCUAACCAGCUACAAGCAAGAGCUAGAGGAACUGAAGAUCAGGCUACACUCUUGCCAGAACUGUUUGCCCUUUCAGAAGGCCACGCUCACAGAGAAGGCAGCCAUUCUCUUUCGGCAGUAUGUUCGGGACAACCUGUACGAUCGCAUCAGCACACGACCGUUUCUCAACAAUGUGGAGAAGAAAUGGAUCGCGUUCCAGAUCCUUAAUGCUGUGGACCAGGCCCAUAAAUCAGGCGUGCGUCACGGUGACAUCAAGACGGAGAAUAUUAUGGUGACGAGCUGGAACUGGGUGCUGCUUACAGACUUUGCUAGUUUUAAACCCACAUACCUGCCUGAGGACAAUCCAGCAGACUUCAACUACUUCUUUGAUACAUCUCGAAGGAGAACAUGCUACAUAGCACCAGAGAGAUUUGUAGAUGGCAGUAUGUUUACCACAGAGAGUGACCAGACCACUCCACUUGUGGACCUAACAAGCAAUAGUCAGAGGACCAGAGGAGAACUCAAACAACCUAUGGACAUUUUCUCAGCUGGCUGUGUAAUCGCUGAACUGUUCACAGAGGGGGUCCCGCUUUUUGAUCUCUCACAGUUGCUGGCCUAUCGCAAGGGACAUUUUCAAACUGAACAGGUUUUGAUGAAAAUUGAGGACCGAAGUAUCAGAGAACUGGUUGCCCAGAUGGUGCAGCGAGAACCUGAAAAACGUCUGACAGCAGAAGAUUACUUGAAACAGCAGCGAGGAAAGGCCUUCCCAGAUAUCUUCUACACAUUCCUUCAACCAUAUAUGGCCCAGUUUGCCAAAGAGACCUUCCAGUCUGCAGAUGAGCGAGUGUUAGUGAUUCGGAAGGACCUGGAUAAUAUCCUUCAUAACCUGUGUGGUGGAGGAGGAAGGGAAGCAGGGAAGGCUGAGAAGCAAGAGAAGGCGUCUCAGGAGCUUGGAUCGACUAAAGAACAUGGGCUGGUGGUGCUAGUGUCAGUGAUCACCUCCUGCCUGCAGACGCUGCGCUCCUGUGAUUCUAAGCUGGCGGCGCUGGAGUUGGUUCUCCACCUGGCCAGCCGGCUGAGUGUGGAAAUACUGCUGGACCGAAUCACUCCUUACUUACUGCACUUCUGCAACGACUCAGUGCCUCGUGUCAGGGCUGAGGCUGUGCGCACACUAGCUAAAGUUCUGGCACUUGUCAAAGAGGUGCCCCGCAAUGAUGUUAACAUCUACCCAGAAUACAUCCUGCCUGGCAUUGCACAUUUGGCCCAAGAUGAGGCAACUAUUGUCAGGCUUGCUUAUGCAGAAAAUAUUGCCCACCUGGCUGAGACAGCUCUGCGUUUUCUGGAGCUGGUGCAGGAGAAUAACUUGAAUUCUGAACAGGACCUAAAUGGAGAAGAUGCUGAGGAAACUCUUCAUCCCAAUGAAAACUAUGACUCAGAACUGCAGGCACUGCAUGAAAUGGUUCAACAGAAGGUGGUGACGCUCCUCAGUGACCCCGAGAACAUUGUGAAACAAACGCUGAUGGAGAACGGCAUCACACGUCUCUGCGUGUUCUUUGGUAGACAGAAGGCCAAUGACGUGCUCCUUUCCCACAUGAUCACCUUCCUUAAUGACAAAAACGACUGGCACCUCCGUGGAGCCUUCUUUGACAGUAUUGUGGGGGUAGCAGCUUAUGUGGGGUGGCAGAGCUCAUCCAUCCUGAAGCCAUUGCUACAGCAGGGCCUCAGUGACGUGGAGGAGUUUGUCAUUUAUAAAGCCCUCAACGCUCUGACUUGCAUGUGCCAGUUGGGAUUGCUGCAGAAACCACACAUCUAUGAGUUUGUCAGUGACAUUGCUCCUUUCUUGUGCCAUCCCAAUCUGUGGAUCCGUUAUGGGGCUGUAGGAUUUAUUACUGUAGUUGCACAGCACCUAAACAUUGCAGAUGUUUACUGCAAGCUCAUGCCCCACCUCAACCCUUUCAUUACCCAGCCUAUUAUACAGAUUGAUAAGGAGAUAGUGUUGCUGAGUGUGCUCAAAGAGCCGGUCAGUCGCUCCAUCUUUGACUAUGUGCUCCGCUCCAAAGACAUUAGCAGCCUCUUCAGGCAUCUGCUGCUCCGUCAGAAGAAACGCAGUGGCUCCAUCCCAGAGUGCCCCAUUCCUGAAGAUCCUGCCAUUGCGCAACUGCUCAAGAAACUUCUCUCCCAGGGGAUGACAGAAGCUGAGGAGGACAAGCUUCUGGCUCUUAAAGACUUCAUGCUCAAGUCCAACAAAGCCAAGGCUAACAUCAUUGACCAGACCCACCUGAGUGACGGUGCCCAGAGUGGGGUCAUUGACCUGAGCAUGCUGGGCAUCACUGGUCGACAGGUGGACCUCAUCAAACCCAAACAGGAGACUGAGGACAAGAGAGAUUUCACCUCUACUGUUUCUGCCCGUAAACACACAAAACAGGACUCCAACCUGAACGAGGAGUGGAAGAGCAUGUUUGGUUCUCUGGACCCGCCCACCUCAGCUCCAGCACCGCCGACGGUACCUACUGUUCUAGUUGCGAGCAGUGGUGGGGAACCCAACGGAACUCUGGCCGGAGGGCACCUGCGAUCUGAGAGUUCCUCCCAGACUCUUAACCUCCCUCAUGUUCCAUCCUCAGCCCAGGCACCUGAAGGGGGAGGCACUCAGCCCAGGAAAGCCACAGUGCCCACUACAGUUCCAGUAGUUCAGUCAAUGAGUGGUGCAUCCACGUACCAGCGUCGCGUGACCACAUGUAAGGCUGAGCUGCAGCAGCUAGUGCAGCAGAAAAGAGAGCAGUGCAAUGCAGAACGCAUGGCCAAGCAGAUGAUGGAGAGUGCUGAGUGGGAGAGCAGGCCUCCGCUACCAGGAUGGCAUCCUAAAGGUCUGCUAGUUGCCCAUCUCCAUGAGCAUAAGUCUGCUGUGAACCGCAUCAGAGUGUCUGACGAGCACUCAAUCUUUGCCACAUGCUCCAAUGACGGAACAGUGAAGAUCUGGGACAGUCAGAAAAUGGAGGGCAAGACAACGACCACACGGUCAGUGCUGACAUAUUCUCGCAUUGGAGGUCAUGUGAAAACCUUGACAUUUUGUCAAGGGUCACACUACCUUGCUGUCGCUUCAGACAAUGGCUCUAUCCAGCUUCUUGCAGUUGAGGCCAACAAGCCGCCCAAAUCGCCCAAGGUGCAGCCUUGUCAGACCAGGUUCCUGGACCUAAAGGAGGAUGGCUGUGUGGUGGACAUGCAUCACUUUAACUCUGGGGCUCAGUCAGUGCUGGCCUACGCGACAGUCAAUGGCUCGCUGGUGGGCUGGGACCUACGCAGCAAUAGCAAUGCCUGGACCCUCCGCCAUGACCUGCGCUUGGGCCUUAUCACCUCCUUUGCAGUGGAUAUGCACCAGUGCUGGCUGUGUGUGGGCACCAGCAAUGGCACAAUGGCAUGCUGGGAUAUGCGAUUCCAGUUGCCAAUCUCCAAUCACUCCCAUCCAGCUCGAGCACGAAUUAGACGUCUGCUCAUGCACCCCCUCUAUCAAUCAUCUGUCAUCACAGCCGUUCAAGGAAACAAUGAGGUGUCCAUGUGGGACAUGGAGACAGGAGACAGGAAGUUCACUCUGUGGGCUAGUUCUGCACCUCCACUUUCAGAGAUGCAGCCAUCCCCUCAUAGUGUGCAUGGCAUAUACUGCAGCCCUGCUGAUGGCAACCCACUUCUACUGACUGCUGGAUCAGACAUGAGAAUAAGAUUCUGGGACCUUGCCUAUCCAGAAAGAUCCUAUAUUGUUGCUGGUGGGGCCAAUGACUCCCUUCACUGCCCCUCUGUGUUCUACAACCGCAAGAUCAUUGAAGGAACCGAAGUGGUGCAGGAGAUCCACAGCAAGCAGAAGAGUGGUUCCACGGAGGAUGCCCCUCGCAGAGGCCCAGAGUCGCUACCUGUUGGCCAUCACGACAUCAUUACUGACAUUGCCACCUUCCAGACCACCCAGGGCUUUAUAGUCACCUCCUCUAGAGAUGGCAUUGUAAAAGUGUGGAAGUAAGAGACUGACCUUUAAUGCCCUCUACAUGGAAGUCUAGCCACAGUGGUGACGUAAAAUGUACAUCUCAGUAUCACAUCACAUCACAUGUGAACACUGAGUGUGAUUGUACAGAAUGCUAACUGUCUCUUUUGCUUGUGGAGAAGCAGCUAGUUAAUACUAAUACUACUACUACUACUACACAAGUGUAUGUUAUGUUUUCUUGUGAGCAUGUGCAAAAUGUAAAUGUGAAGAUCACACAGUGUAGCAGAGCACAGUAAGUCAAACACAUGUCAAGCAAUGGUUUGUAGCCAUCAGAUAAGCAAAUUUCUGAUGUACUAGUGCAUAUUUAUAAGCAGCUGCUCUGUAGUUGCGACAUUGUGCUGAUGAGGUUAGUGGAUCUGAUUUGAUCAUUGUGUUUUCAGUAUUAUAAAAUAAAGAUAAUCAACAGAUUUGUUCAUAAUGAUUAAUACAAAGUGUGUUUGUCCACAUGUUUAUAUGUGCAAAAUCUUAAUAGAGUAAAUAUAAAAAUGAAAAAAGAA